AUGGCAAAUGAGCAACCGGAUGUGCCCGAAGGACUGAUAAAACUCCUACAAGAUUUCACUAUUGCCAUCCUUCAAAGCAAACCCAAAAAUAUACCACGUUUUGCAGUCAGCUAUUUCACCCGCCUAGCAAAUAACAGUGAGAGUAGCAUGAAGUCAGAAACUCAACAUUCAGUUGAUACAGACAACAGUGAAGAUAUGGAUGACGAGUAUGCUGAAAAAAUGAUGGAAAUGGCAGCUCAGCGGUCUUCCACAAGAAGAGACAGCGUGACUGCAGAGCCAUUUAAUCCGGACGAGGACGAAGAAAAUGAGGGUAGUCUGGAGGGACGCAGGAACAGUUUUUAUGAGAAAACACCGGAACAGAUUGCACGUUUGAAGGACGUUUGUAGAAAAAUUGUCCUUUUUAGUGAACUUGAUGAUGCAGAGCUUGUUGAUGUUAUAAAUGCCAUGUUCACGAAAACAGCAGAGCCUGAAGAGGACAUAAUUAAGCAGCAUGAUGAUGGAGACAAUUUCUACGUCAUUGAUUCCGGCAGGUUUGAAGUAAAAAUUGAAGAUAGAGUGAGUGGUGUGAAGGUAGUGAAGGUGUACGAAAAUGAGGGGUUUUUCGGUGAACUGGCUCUAAUGUACAACUCACCUCGAAGUGCAACAGUCACCGCAGUGACAGAGGGAAUACUCUGGGCUUUGAGUAGGCAGUCUUUCAGGCGGCACGUGCUGGGUCAUGCAGCGAAGCGCCGACGUGCCUUCAUAGAACUGCUGCACUCCGUGCCGAUCCUUCAGGAUCUAACUCCUUACCAGCGAAUGUCGCUGGCCGACAACUUACAGCGGAGAUCGAUCCCAAAGAGCGAAAUCAUCAUUCGUGAGGGCGACCCAGGAGAUGCGCUCUUCUUCGUAAUGGAAGGUGUUGUCGGUGUCAGGAGACGACAAGGAAGCACUGAAAAGGAGCUCGGAAAAAUUGAAAAAGGAGGGUAUUUUGGUGAGCUGGCGCUUUUAAGCAACAAACCGCGUGCUGCAAGCGUGUACGCAGUCACUGAUGUUACAUUGGCAAUGUUGGGUGUGGAGAGUUUUGAGCGGUUGCUGGGUCCUUGUAUUGGUCUUAUGAAGGAUCAAGCGUUAGAUUAUGAAAGCCAAGAGGAUACAAUAUGA